GAAACCACAUGCGCGUGCGUGGUUGGUAGCGGCUCGCUAGCGGCCAUUUCGUACAGUACAGCGCGACAUAGAGAAGCACAAAAAUGACUUUCCUGAAUCGCGCCAACCAAAGCUUUCUCACUCAUGCUCGUCUUUGGUACCUUGUGGAUGCUAAAGACCAGAUCAAUGGACGCCUGGCUGCAUACUUAGGGCAGAUUUUGCAGGGAAAGACGAAACCUAUUUAUCAUCAUCAGGACGAUGUUGGCGACCACGUAGUCGUAAUAAACACGCGACAUAUUAUUCUCACCGGCUCCAAGUGGAAAAAGAAGCUUUAUCGCCAUCACACAGGGUACCCAGGGGGACUCAAAGCGUUCACUGCAAGGGAUCUUCACGAGCGAGAUGCCACAAGGAUCUUGUGGAGGGCGGUCUAUGGAAUGCUCCCAAAGAACAAUCUGAGACCAAUAUGGAUGAAAAGACUGCAUCUCUUUGAGGAGAGUGAACAUCCUUUCGCGGAGAAUAUUUUCGCCAAACUAGAAGGUCCAGCGCCUCUCCCCAAAAGACUAGAAGAAUUUACACCGGAGGAGAUUGAAAACUAUCCAAAGCUCUUUUGAGCCUUGCCAAUGAUACGUGUAUCCCCCCUCCCCCCCUCACCAAUCACAUCUAUAACAUCUAUUUGUCCUUUUAUUUUCAUCAUCAAUAGUGUGGAAGCUUCGUUUAAAAUCAAGAUGUCAUAUUUUAAGACUAGGUAUAGUGUGACAUCUGAGGUUUUGAAUUGAGCCAAUGAAAUAAUUCAGGACAAUUCAAACUAUGUUCGAACUCAAUUUUCAGCUUUGAAUUUACAGAUCAAUAGGGAAGUACAGUGCCAUAUUCUGUGAUGGAAGUGUACAACGAUAAAUGAAUAUUCAAAUGCGAGAUUUUAGACUCUUGAAUAAACCCUUUGAGUUUAGUAGUUUGAGCAA